GGCAAGCGAGUGUAACGCUGCUUGGAUUUCCAAAAUUGUUGCGAGUCGGACAUUUACACUUCCGGGUAUUUGUUGUGCUUCCGGUGAGGUCACACAAGACAGAACCCUUCUGCACGCAAAGAUGAACGCGCCGCCGGCAUUUGAAUCGUUUUUGUUAUACGAUGGCGAGAAGAAGAUUACGAUCGUGAAAGACACCAAGGUGCCGAACGCUUGCCUCUUCACGCUGAACAAAGAGGAUCAUACCCUCGGCAACAUCAUCCGACAGCAGCUGUUGAAGGACCCGCAGGUUCUGUUUGCAGGUUACAAGGUUCCUCACCCUCUGGAGCACAAGAUCGUCAUCCGUGUGCAGACGACACCAGACUACAGCCCCCAGGAGGCCUUCACCAACGCCAUCACUGACCUCAUCAGUGAGCUCUCACUGCUGGAGGAGAGGUUUAAGGUGGCCAUUCGUGAGAAGCAGGAGGGGAUUGAGUAAAUCUGAAGAGUGUGUCUCUGAUCCAUCAGGGCUAAAUCUGGUCCUGGGCAGCAGUUUCCCCAGGGCUUGCUUCUCUGCCAUGGCAGUCAGGUGCAACUGCUAACCUGUCGGCUCUGUUGGAGGGCUGGAUCAAGACUCUCUCCUGUGUGAUAGUCAGCCAUUUUGGCUCUGUUGGGAGGGCUGGAUCAAGACACUCUCUCCUGUGUGAUAAGUCAGCCAUUUUGGCUCUGUGUCCCAAACAACAUUCACGGAUUGAAUGAAAAAAAAAUGUAUGUUUUCAAGGUCUGUACAUAUGCCAUAUAAUGGAGUUUUGUAAAGUUUUGGGGGUUUUUUUUAAUAAAAAAAUGAAAUGUGUAACUCUU